UAUUAUGUUUACAAAACGAAAGCAAUUUGGCUUGGCGGCAAUUCUUAAUCCUCUGUUGUUACGGCCAUUACUGGCGUAACGUCCUGGCAAACAUUCUCACAGCAUUCACAGUUAUCGAGACUCAGAACAAACAUGGCUGCGCCCACGUUGAGUGAAAAAGAAGCACGUCGAAGUUUACGUGAGAAGUCAAAAGUUCAAAAGUCUAAAGCUCAUCUCAUUAAUCCAUAUUCACACACAUGGCCGAUCCUGGAUGAGUUGGUGAUUAAAGAAGUGAUAGAAAGAAUAAGCAAUUUAUUCCAGUGUUUGCCUUUACAUGGGCAGAAAAUACCAUGGAAAGAAAAACAGAAAAAGAAAGAGUUGUUGAAGAAUGGAGCCAAAAUAGCAGAAUCUGAAGAUGAGAGGAAACGAAAAGAUCUCAGGUCGCAGCUGGCUAUAGGUAUAAAUGCUGUUACUCGUGGCCUUGAGAAGGAUGACCUUGACCUGGUCAUUGUGUGCCAGUCAACCGAGCCCCAGCUGAUUACGAAACACCUGAUUCCACUCUCCGCAUGUCGCCAGUGUCCAACUCUGUGUAUCCCACGAUUCAGUGAGGCGGUCGCGCCACUGUUAGGCAUUAAAUCGACCGUUGGUAUCGGGUUCAAGAAACUCGCAUCUAAAGAAGAAUCUGAAUUCAGUGAAUUUGUUAGUUAUGGGAAAACCUGCGCCAUUCCAAUUAGUAUGCCAUGGGAUGAAGACACCAAAAACAUCACACCUUUGGUUUCAGCAAAGGAGGCUAUAUCUGUGCUAGACAGUAAGAAAAGUAUUCAGGAUGAUGAAAAUAAGGAGAAAAUUCUAAACUCUAAAGCCUUGGAUACAGGAAAAUCUGACUCCAUUGUACAAAAUAAAGAAACACUUUUGAAGAUCUUAAAAACAGAAAAACAAGACAGUGUUACAGAUAACGAAGUGGAAACCAAAAACAUAAUUCACACUGAUAAAUCGGAAACUGGAAAAUCGGACUCCAGCCUGCAAACAACUGAAAAAUGUUCCCAGAUCUCUUCACCGAAAAAGAAAACUGAAGCUACCGCUGGCUGCACGGUGCAGACGUUUAUUCCCAAGGAUGAUUAUUCGUACCUGUACGUGUUCAAAAGUGAGAAGAAGAAAUCCAAAGACUGGGGUGAGUUUGUUCCCCUUGGAGAAGGCAGCGACAGUUCAGACUCGGAAACAUUUUGUUAUAAAUCCACAGCACAACAAGAAGCAGAGGAAACCCAGGAUUUAGCAUCUUUGAAGAUGAAGAAGAGACAACAUGAGAAUAAUCAAAACGAUAUGACGGACAAUCCAAGUGACGUCCCACCGUUAAAAUACCAGAAAACUAAAAUUGGACAACAGUUUAAAAAUCCCAAUAAACCGAAGCGAAGGAAGAAACUGGGCAAAUAGUAAAAUGUAAUAUAAUAAAAAAUGAAAGUCCA